CUAUUUCCUCUUACAACUCACCAAAACUUUGGGGUCCAUAUUUUGGGUUUAGAUUAGAUUCACCAAAUAUGAAUAUUGACCAUUUUCAUCCUCCUCCCACUCACCUACUCCAACUCAUUUCCCAAACUAAAACCGAUGCCAAUCCUUCUUUUCCCGACGGCAUGGCGGCGGCCAGAGGAAACCACCCCGGCUUCUGCACGAGAAGCCAUUGGAAGCCCCACGAAGAUGCCAAGCUCAAAGAGCUUGUCGCUCUCCACGGCCCCCACAACUGGAAUUUCAUUGCGCAACAUCUUCACGGACGAUCAGGGAAGAGCUGCAGAUUGAGGUGGUUUAACCAGUUAGAUCCGAAGCUGAAUAAGACAGCUUUUACAGAGGAGGAAGAAGAAAUGCUGAUCGAGGCGCAUAAAAUGUACGGCAAUAAAUGGGCCAUGAUUUCCCGGCUGUUUCCCGGCCGGACGGAUAACGCCGUUAAGAACCACUGGCACGUCCUCGUCGCCCGGGACCACCGCCGUCAGCCGCCACCGCCGUUUAGUUCCCCUGUUUCAGGCGAAAGCAGAGCUAGUACUAGUAGUAGCGGUUGUAAGAGGAGGAAGCGAUCAAACGACGUUGGAGAUCACAGAACUAGAUUUUUAAAUGCUGCGGCGGGAAACGAAUCCACGGGUGAUGAUACUAAGUGCGGCGCAUUCGCCGCCGGCGACGAAACGGCGUCGACUUGCACUGAUCUCUGCCUCCCUGCAGCUACGUUUUCUCUUUAUCCGACGCCUCCGCCGGACUUUCAAAUCAUCAGAACCGUUAAAGGUAUUUCCGGCUCAUAGACAAUUUUUUUACUUCAGUACUUCUCUGAAAAAAAAAACAAUCUUAAAUCUAGUUGGGAAAACUGUCAAAUAGGUCCACGAACUUUCAUAAAAAGGUCAAUUAAGUCCUUCUAUAGGAGGUUUUGCCCGGCCGUCAAGAUUUGGGGCAGUUCCCAAUGGAAUUUUUUGAUGAAUUUUUUUGAGCAUCUUAUUCACCAAGUCUAGUUUACUCAUACCAAAUUUCAGCUAAAAAUUCAAUCGGGAACACAUUCAAAUUAAUUCUUGAAGAUAACUGCGCAUUUUUGCGUUCUCGAAUUAAUUUGAAUGCGCUCCUGAUUAAAUUUUUAGCUGAAAUUUGGUAUGAGUAAACUAGACUUGAUGAAUAAGAUGCUCAAAAAAUUUCAUCAACAAAUUCCACCGGGAACCGGCCCAAAUCGCGACAACCGAACAGAGUCUCCUAUAGAAGGACUUAAUUGACUUUUUUAUGAAAGUUCGAAGACCUAUUUGACAGUUUUCCCAAUCUAGUUUAAGGUUUUUAAACCCCAAUACAGAGAUCUGAUCCUGGUUAAACCAUUCUGUCACCUGUUUUUUUUGUUACAAAAAAAAAUCAUUAUUAAAAAAAAUUAAAAAGAGUACUCUGCUUCAAGUACACUGUGUUUUUAUGUCUUUUUAAGGUGUAUAUAUAUACGUAUAUAUAUCACCUGUUUUUAUGUUUUUAUAUCCAUAAUUUUCAAGCAUAUCAGAAAAAUAAAAUUAUUCGAAUAAAUUAUUCCUCUAAAAACAAUAAAGAUUUACAAAAUCGUUUAAAAAACUUGAAGAGGCACAAUGGAUGAUCAUUAAUGUGAAAACGAUAUGAUUGUGUUGAAAAUUGGCCGGGAUUGCGCACGUUUGUAUUUUGUAACGCUUUUGUAAAUGAUCAUUAUUGUCACUUUCUUUAUCCUCCGAAUUUUCAUAAGUCUUUUAACAGUCAAAAGUUAUGGUAAAAUCCAUUUUCUUGGUCGUCCACAAUUAUCAUUUGGGUUAAUUUUUGGUUACAGGGUCAUCAUCAUGGUCAAGGGUGGAAGGUGUGAAGGAAAGAUCGGUGGGGUGGGGUGGUCAAUCAGAUUCAUCAAACUCAUCACAGGUUUCUGCAUCAGAGUCAGUGGGCAACAGUAGGAAGAAGACAUCAUCAGAUCAAGGCAAUCCCAUGAACAAUAAAGUCCAUUUCUAUGAUUUCCUAGGAUUGGGAGCCACCGCCUGAUUGACCCUUGUUUGUUAAUUUUGUCUUGUUCGUUGACCAAAAGAGACACAACUUAUGAAGAUUGGACUGAUUCCGGGAAAGAUUUAGGUUUCAACUCCAAACAAUGACUUGAGAUGAAACAUUACUCUUUUUUCAUCGAUAUAUGAUCAAAGUUCAAUUUUUCAUUUUCUCAGAUAACUGUCCGGUUGGUUCUAGUGAGCCUAAUAGAUGGGGAGUUGUAGUUUUGCAUUUGUAAGAUAUUGUAUGUAUUUGAGUUGGAUUUCAAAAGAAAGAAAAUGACAAGCCCAUUUGCUUCCCCUAUUAUUUCUCAUUUA